AUGGCGGGCCCGACGACAACUAGCACGCCCCCCAGCACCGCUGCAAAACCUGACGCCUCUCCGUCGGCAGCCACGUCGAAUGCCUCGUCUCUGCACUCGCAGCCCGACACAUACUUCUCGCUCCCGCCUGGUGUUCAGCAUUCUGGUGCUAGCGGCAUGCAGGCGGCUGCGGAGGCCCUGAUGAAGCCGAAGAAGCCUACUAUGACGUCGCGUCUCAGUAGCAUGCUAGGCAUCAGAGAGCCGCAUGGGAUGAAUGGCGCUGAGAGGAAUGGCGAUAUCAGGACUGUGAACGGCCCCGCAGUAGUUGGCCGCCCACAGCCCCCGCGCCAGCCCACGCGCCAGGGUUCUAUAACAAAAAAGGACGGCGCGCCUGCUACCCCCUACAAACGCUUCUGGGCAAACGAAGACGGCAUGCACGAACAUCAUCUUAGGGUGGCGAAACGCCAGGAGAAGUUGUCUGACAUGUUCCAAAAUCUGAUGCUGGGCAAAAAGAAGGGCGACCCUGCCGAGGACCAGCCUCUGAGUCUCAUGUCCAAUUGGGUUGACGUCAUGCGCAACGAGAAGGAGAAGCUUGCGGAGCAGAAGAGCGCAGCCGCCAGCAUGCCGCAGACUCUACUCCAGAAGUACGGCAAAUGUCAAGAAGUCGUUGGACGUGGCGCUUUUGGAAUUGUGCGAGUCGCCCAUAAACAGGACCCCAAGGACGCGAAACGUGAGCAAUUGUAUGCAGUAAAAGAGUUCAAGCAGCGCCCUGGAGAAUCCGCGAAACGAUACCAAAAGCGCCUCACGUCUGAGUUCUGCAUUUCCUCCUCGAUGCAACAUCCGAAUGUCAUCACCACCCUCGAUCUACUCCAAGAUGAAAAGGGCACCUACUGUGAAGUCAUGGAGUACUGCUCGGGUGGCGACUUGUACACGUUGGUACUCGCUUCUGGCCAGCUCGAGGUUGCCGAGGCUGAUUGCUUCUUCAAGCAAUUGAUGCGUGGUGUUGAAUAUAUGCAUGAGAUGGGUGUUGCACAUCGCGACCUGAAACCCGAGAACCUGCUUUUGACGACGCAUGGCUCAAUCAAGAUUACCGAUUUUGGUAACGGAGAGUGCUUCCGUAUGGCUUGGGAGAAGGAAGCUCACAUGACUGCUGGCCUGUGUGGAUCGGCUCCCUACAUUGCUCCUGAAGAGUACGUCGACAAAGAAUUCGACCCUCGUGCCGUCGACGUAUGGGCUUGCGGCAUCAUCUAUAUGGCCAUGCGGACUGGUCGCCACCUUUGGCGGGUCGCACAGAAGGGCGAAGACGAGUUUUUCGAUCGUUACCUCGAGGAUCGAAAGCAAGAAGAGGGUUAUCGGCCCAUCGAGGUUUUGCGAAGACGUCAAUGCCGUAACGUCAUCUACUCGAUUCUUGACCCAAUCCCAGCGCGCCGUCUUACUGCCCAUCAGGUUCUCGCCUCAGAAUGGGUUGCGGAGGCUAAAGUCUGUCACGCAGGCCAUGAAGGUUUCUAA